UUUGUUUCGAUAUUUAUUUUAGUCAUAUGUGAUGAGUAACACUCGAUGAUAUCAGUUGGAGUCUCUCUGCAAUUGAAUCUAAAGCUUGUAGGUAUUUUAUAGCGAAUAGAUGGGGAAAGACUCGAAGCCAAAGGACGCGGGUGGUAAAGGGAAGGGGAAGGGAAAGCAAGCAUCUUCUGGAGCCGAUGAAAGUGCUUCCAAAGGAAAGGGAAAAUCAGGAAAAGCUGCUUCCGAUGGCCUCGGAACUUGCACUUAUGUCAAAGCGAGGCAUAUACUGUCCGAGAAGCAGGGUAAAAUCAAUGAAGUGUACAAGAAGUUGCAGGACGGUUGGCUUAGCAAUGGGGACAAGGUUCCUCCAGCAGAGUUUGCUAAGUUAGCAGCUGAAUACUCAGAGUGCCCUUCAGGGAAGAAAGGUGGGGACCUAGGAUGGUUUCCUCGUGGAAAGAUGGCUGGCCCAUUUCAAGACGUUGCAUUUGCCACUCAAGUUGGAGCAACCAGUGCACCAUUCAAGUCGACGCAUGGAUACCAUAUUAUCUUGUGUGAAGGGAGAAAGAAUUAGGAAAUCUGACAGACAUUCGAACGAAUCCUAAAUUUGGGCAUUGAUUGGCAUUGGCCAGUACGCAUCUUUUUUCUUUCUAAGAGCUUUACAAAAAUUCUCAUCGACUGUGUUGUAAUUAUUGUCCUCUUUAAGGCCAUGGAGCGAAGAAUAGUAAUGUCCAUACAUUUCCAGCUUUAACUCUUCCACCCUAUAUCUAUAGUUGGGUUUGGCGGUCUGUUUUUAAUAAUAUUUAGUAAUAAUGGAACUAUGUCUUGAUAUUAUAUGUAUGAUAGAUUAUCUCUGGAUUUGACGAAAA